AUGAUCACACCUUUUCACGCCAUCGGCGUCCUCUUGCUGGGUUACAGUGGCCUCUGUACUGUACAGCUGCUAUGGAACUACAGAAAGGCCAAGGCGAUCGGCCUUCCAGUACUCAUCACACCUAUUGACCCUUCAAAUGUCCCUUAUCUACUCUGCUCCAGCUGGCUGGAACCCCUGCUUCGAAAGGUUCUGCCUUUUGGACUGGGAAAUUUCGUCGAGUACAACAGUCGCGACUGGAAUUACAGCCAGAUCCAUGGUCUUCAGGAACGCAUUGGUGAUACAUUCAUCAUCGUCAGUCCUAAGCAGAUCCGCGUCUUUACUGGCAACGCCAAAGCAUCUGAUGACCUUUGUCGCCGACGCAAGGACUUUGUUAAAGCUGUAGCUCUUUACAAGCCGCUUGAGAUCUUUGGCCGUAAUGUUGUAACUACUGAGGGCGAUGACUGGGUGCGACACCGAAGAAUCACCACCCCGCCGUUCAAUGAGAGGAACAGCGCGCUCGUGUGGGAUGAGUCCAAGCGACAGGCCACAGACAUGCUCAACAUGUGGGCGUCAAACCCAAAGGGUGUCGUCAAUCCCCAGAGCGAUACCAUGGUGCUUGCUCUUCACGUCCUCACAGCUGCUGGAUUUGGCAGAAGCUACAAGUUCGGAAGCGGACUCGAGAGUGAAUUGGAGAACCACAGUCUCAGCUAUCGCGACGCCCUCAGUCUGAUCCUCGGAAACCUCUUUACCGCCGUGUUUACAGCCACCCUUAAUCUCCCCACCUGGAUGUUGCCCUCCAAGUUCAAGAAAGUCCAGGACGCUGUCAUCAACUUCCGUCAGUACAUGGCCGAGAUGGUCGCCGAGGAGCGCGAGGCCAUGAACGCCGGUGCGGAGGAGCAGGAUAAUCUCAUGAGUAUCCUGGUGCGCGCUUCUGAGAAUGAGAAUAAGCAGGGCAAGGGUGCCCGCCACUUGACUGAUACCGAGAUUUACGGCAACCUGUUCAGCUACAAUCUCGCCGGACACGAAACUACAUCCAACACCUUGGCAUACGCAACUGUACUCCUCGCGGCAAACCCAGAAUGGCAGAAAUGGGCUGCUGAAGAGGUCGACCAAGUCACAGCAGGGGUUGAUCUGAAGGACCUGGACUACGAAACUUAUUACCCUCAAUUGAAGCGCGUCCUCGCCAUCAUGCACGAGACAUUGCGAUUAUUUGGUGCAGCAAGGGCAGUCCCCAAGACCACCCUCGUGGACCAGAUUCUCAAGGUUGACGGUACUUCUUACACGAUACCCAAGAACACCUUUAUCGGCGUCAACCUUGCAGGACUGCACAUAUCAUCCGCAUCAUGGGGCGACAACGCACUGGAAUGGCUCCCCAGCCGCUGGAUCACCCGGGAUGAGACCGAAGGCGAAAAGAUGACUGUCAUGCCCACAGGGGCCUUCCUUCCUUGGGCCGCCGGCCCACGCGUGUGCCCAGGUAAAAAGUUCUCACAGGUAGAAUUCGUGGCCGUGCUUGCAUGCCUUCUCAAGGAAUACACCGUGGAGCCGGAUGCAGACGGUGAAGGAGACCUCAAGACUGCGGCGUCAAUGGCGCUCAUGGAAGAGGCGAAGCAAUCGAGUUUCAAUUUCCUGCUCAAGGUAAAGCACCCUGAGAAGAUCAAGUUGCGGUGCGUGCGGAGGUCCGAGAACAGGGCUUAG